AUGAAGAAAGGUGCAAACUCAAACGCCUUCAGGUUUGGUCAAACAGAGACCGAAAAUUUUACACGAAUCCUCUUCUUAGGUUCACAAGCAGCGAAUGAUUUGGAGGAAGAUUCUGUAAAAAGAGAAUUGCCACCAUUAUUGGACCAGGCCCUUUCAGGAACUGAAGAUAAAUUAUCUACCGUUAUUUACCCUCUCUUUUCUCCCGACCCUAAUGAUGAUUCUGUGCUGGCUGAAUCUCUCCCUGAUAUAUGGGUCCCACCUAUUCAUACCUCCGGACGUUCUUUCCAGCAGAUGUCCAAUGAGAGACCAAAAGUAAAUGAAUGUAAGUCUACGAAGUCUGCGGUUUUGAGCACACAAAGUAAGAUCUCCAGUGGGAUUUGUAAAUUCAGUUUUACAGAAGAAAAAUUGUCUGCCAUGGUUACCUCUCUCUCUACCUUAGACACCUUCGAACAACCUUAUCAGAUGAACACAACAAAUAAUUCAGCAGAACUUUUAUUUGACUAUGAGGACGAGGAGGGAACAAAAGAAUGGCAGUGCACGAACUGUACGUUUCUGAACAAACCAAGCAGGGCCACCUGUAAUAUUUGUGGAUUCAGAGCUACAGACGAUGAAAGGUCUACCAUUAUUUACCCUCUCUCUACCUGUAAAGGUAACGCCUUGAUCCCGCCUGUUAAUCAGACCACUGGACAUUCAUUUGAUCGCGUGGCCGAUGAGACAUCCGAAGACGGAAGCUUUUUAAGAAAGGAAUUAAGGAUAAUACUUGUUGGAAAAACCGGAUCUGGGAAGAGUGCCACAGGAAAUACAAUUUUGGGAAAAAGAAUUUUUGUGUCUGAUGUGUCUAAUUCAAGCGUUACGAAAUGUUGCAAGAAAGGAUCAUCCCGAAGAUUCGGGGAGGAUUUACUAAUCGUAGACACGCCUGGUCUUUUUGACACAGGAAUGACAAACGAUGACAUAAUCAAGGAGAUUUUGAAAUGCGUGGGAAUCAGCGCCCCGGGGCCCCAUGCCUUCCUUCUUGUCAUUGGGAUAGGACGUUUUACAAAGGAAGAAAGGGACACAAUUCAAUUACUUAGAAAAGCCUUCGGUCCAAACAUGAUGGGAUACUUGAUAAUUGUUUUCACAAGAAAAGAUGAUCUAGACCGCGGGAAAAAAUCUAUACAGCAGAUUUUAAACGAGGCUCCACAAACUUUGCAAGAAAUAAUCAGGGGUUGUCAAGAUCGAUUUUUUGCCAUAGAUAACACAGAGAAAGAGACUGAAAAGUCAGAAAAGCAAGUGGUAGAUCUUCUGGAAAUGAUAAAAGGAAUGGUGAAGAAAAAUGGAGAUGAAUAUUACACAAGUGCUAUCUUUAACAAGUUUGAGUUGACCAUUAGAGAACGUGAGAGAGAACUUAAAGCUAAGUAUGAGGAAAGUAUGGAGGAGAUCUCAAAUCUCAAAAAGAGGGAAAAGAAAUUGGUGAACAAACUAGCGCGAAUGGAAGAUCAGCUCAAGGAUAAACACCUAAGUCUAUUGAGAAGAGAGAGUUCUUUGCAGACCAUUAUGGAAAAUUCAACAAUCGCAGCUGAUACACACAGUUUUGACGAGGAAGAAUACUGUAAAUUAAUACGGCCGAGAAUUCUAAUGACUAGAAAUCAUCUAGAAGAAGUUAGACGGGAAAUGAGUGAAAAAAUUAUGAAGGACGAUUUCAAGAGUAUGUUUUGUCAUAAUUCAGAUAGCAAAGCGCUUAACCGAUAUGUCAGAGAAAAUGUUCGAAAUGAGAUUGAAAGUGGAGAUAAAAAUGUAUGGGGAAGAGUGUUGAGAAAUAUACAAAAAGCAGGGUUAGGUUUAAUCGAUAAAUUUAAGGAUAUUUUUGAUUCAGUGAAAUCAAAGAAAAAGUAA